AUGAAUACCGCUCAUCCAAUUUUAUCAGUAAAUGAUUUUUUAAAACAAACAGAUUAUAACAAUAUUCAACAACUUAAUAGUCCAGAAAUACUUGCCGUUCACGACUUUCCUAUUUUACAAAAUUUUAAAUUUUUUACUGGAAAAGAUUUAUUAAAGUUAAACGUCCAAUCUGAAGGAAGUCGACUAAAUGUAUUUGACGAAUCCAUAAUAAGGGAAGCACUGAACCGCCUUUGGCUCGAUCCUAUUUUAAAAGCAAAUUUUUCAGCUUUAGCCGAAGAAAUAAAUAAUGCUAAUAUAAAUAAAAAAAGGUUUAAUGAUGAAAACUUAAGUAAGAUCACUCAGUUAGGGCCACAAAAGGCCCGUACUUCGUUCGAGGAUGAUAUGUUUAACGGUGUUAAUAAUAGUCAUUAUAAUAAUGACAAAAUUCAAUUUGGACAUUUGUAUUAA